AUGUUAAGGCGAGGCGUUUACAGAACGGCACCGGUUGUUUUAAUGGUUUUGAUCGCCUUCAUUCUGUUGGCACUUCAAUCGACGGUGCGGAGAAGCAUUGGUGCUGAGGUGUAUGGGAUAAACCACACCAUGGGGCAGGCUGUGUUUCUCAGUUGUAACCGACACGACGGUGAUCAAAACUACUGGGACGUCAUCGCCACUACGGUUGAGCAACGCCUCAACGGCUCCGUAGCCAAACAAAUGGGACAAUGCAUUUCGCGGCGCCCGGUAGAUGCACUGAUAUGGACUGGUGACGCCGUGUACGCGGACAGAACUGUGAUACUCCGGAAAACUCCACCGCCACUUGACUUAAAGGCUGCACAGGCCAAGUUUGUCCAUCAAGCUAACGCCCCGCAAUACGUUGCUUUCCGCCACACUUGCGUUGCUAAGCGAAAACGUACUAACAUUCCAUCUUCUAGUGAAGAGGUUGGCAAACGUGUGGAAGGGGAAGGGGAAGGGGAGGAGCAUCGCGUCAUCGGCGUAUGGGAUGAUCAUGACAUGGGAAAGAAUGACGGGGGAGCAGAAUUCUCCGACAAGGACGCGAUGCAGCAGUUCUAUUUAGACUUUCUGGGAGUGCCUCGCACUGAUCCAAGGAGAAAGCGGCAAGGAGUUUACCACUUUGAGGCCGUUCCAGUUGAAUUGUUAAGUUCUACGGCUGGCAGUGACACCGCAGCAACCGCUGCGGUAAAUGUAAUGAAACAUUUUUAUGAUAACGCUUUUUGUUUUCUGCUACUGGACGCGCGAUACUUCAGAGAUCCAUCCAACGCUACUCGGAGUGGAAAUAUGUUAGGUGAAACACAGUGGCAGUGGUUGGAAGAGCGACUUAGGGACGACGUGGCGGGGCGUAACCCAGCGACCGGUCGUGAGCGUUGUGCUCUUACGGUGGUAGCAAAUGGUGUGCAAAUUAUGUUAGACGAGAAGGUGUCGGAAAGCUGGGCUGCCUUCCCCCGAUCCCGUGACCGACUCUUUGCACUACUGCGGCAGUUCCGGACUGAUCGGGUAAUCUUUAUGAGUGGUGACGUCCACUUGGGUGAAAUCGGGAUGGACACCCGAAAAGCCGCCAUGAGGACACUUGGAUAUCCCAUUAUAGAGGCCACAAGUUCUGGGCUCACGCAUAGCACGGCUAGUUUCGUUGCGCUGCCAACAAUCCUCACGUCUCUGUUUCCGAGCAGACGACGGGUUGGGGUUUAUGUUGAGCGUAACUUCGGUGUGUUGAAGUUAACAGCGAAUUCAAAGGCUCGGUUUGAGUUGUCAGAGACAAGCGCGCACGAGGAACGUCGAGAGCAAUUCGAGAGGGAUGUGAACGCUUCCAUUCUAAUUCACAGCAUUCCUGAAAAUGGAGCAGUGGCCCUGCACCUAACGCUGCCGCUUAGUGCCCUUACACAUAAGUCGGGUUGUCAACUAUACAAAGCAAAGGCAAACGAGUAUGGGUGGAUUGAGGAUGCCACAUUAGCUAAACAACAAGAAUGUGAAACCAUGUUUCGCCAAGAACGUGACGAACGUGGUGCUGGCAUUCCCGACCGACACUAUCCCCCAACCUACCCCACGCCCUUUGUUACAUACGUGAUGCAGUCGGUUCAGGGGCAGGUUUGGCCGGACUGCACUUUGCUUCAAGUGUUGUUUCGCUUCCUCCUUGCGACAUUUCUUCUGCUUAUCUUUGUAGGUGCCAUAUCCGUUGCGCUUUGCUGUCAGUGUUACAAAAACAGAAAGGCAAAGAAGGCGUAA